AUGUCACAAUCAAGCCACGACAGCGACCGGUUCGCUGAUCUCGACCGCGGAUCAGAAGAGUUCCAAGCGGCGUACCGCGAUUUCGAUGAGGAGUACAAGCGCCUUCAUCACGACCAUAACGCUGCCGAGCGCGUGCUGCCCAACAUCCGUUACAACACUAUCUUCACAAUGCUACAGGGCCUUGUCUUCGACAUCGACCCCACUUCAGCGACCCCUAUCGCCCUCCAGAUCAGACUCGAGCUUAGUGAUGAUGAGAUCCGCCCGCUGCUUGAGGCCCGUCGCCUUCCCCCUUCAGCAGCAGUCAACAGACUAAGUCUGCGUGCCCGUCCGCAUGUUCGGAAUGAGAGGCUGCGCGAAGAGAUCAGAAAGGCGCGUAGCACGUGGGCUCAGAAGCUCGCAGCGCACGACUUUAUCGAUGUCGACAUCCGCUUUACUGUUGCACAGUACCAAGUAGAGCCAUUCAAGAGUAUCAAGGAGGAGCUCGCAGGUUUGGUAAGCGCACCGAGAUUCACUAGUCUAAGCUUCCAGCUGACUGAAUUUCUCAAACAGGGCGCAAAGUGCUACCACUUUUCGCAAUUCAGGCAGGAUACGACCAGCAUGACAGUCAGCAUGGUUGUGAAGCCAUUUGUACUGGAUCAUGUACUACCUUUUUCGCGUCAGACCGAGCUCGGCGUCACGAUCACUACCAACACUGCGCCAGCAUGGUCUGUGUCUUACGUGCCGCUCACAGCUGCGACCGAUACGGUAUCAGGAAUGGUGCUCGCGUCUCCUGCCGCGGACGAGCAAAGCCCGUACGACCUCCCAGAUCCCACCAAGAAGCCACCAAACUUCGGCUUAAGGGCAGCACCGAUCGUGAAGCGAGAUCCGUGCGAGGCUCUCAUCCAAGACAUCAUGGGCCGCCAACGAAGCAAUACCCUACAGAAGGUUCGUGUCGUCUCCAAGACCAGAAAACCAUGGCAUAUUUUCUCAUCUUCUGCCAGGGCUGAACAGCAACAACCGGCAUGGACGCAGGAGAGCAGACCUUUCCGCGGCGAUCCAGGAAUCUGGGGCGACGAUCAGUGGUGGUUGGAAGAUCAUGCUAAGCGCGAGGCGCUGAUCAAUAGCUGGAAGAAGGCCACAUGGUGCGAGGAGCUAGGUGCUUGGCCUGCUAAGAUGCACCGGAAUCUCUCCCACACUGGCAACGACCCAUCUGUAGCCGUUGCAGAUAAGGAUUUUGUACUCUUGCCUGGACUCAGCCCGACCUAUGUGACCGAUCGCAGCAGACAAUGGUACGAAGAUAACAUCGAAGCUGCUAGUCGUGUAGAGCUGCAGCGCGAGUACGUGGCUGCUGAGAAGCUCUCAGAAGUCACGGCAGGUCAAGCCCAGGCGUUCUGGAGGCGCUUCGUCCAAGUGCAGAUCAAUGCGAAGCUCAACCCUUGGCAGCAACCUACGAGCUUCGAAAAUGCCCAGAUGAAGCGAACCCAGCAGGAAGUUGCGAAGAUGCUGAUCAAAGCAGAAGACCAUCUGGCUAAGAAGGCUGAUGCAUGUGAGAUCAGGCUCAGUCAAUCGAAGUUCAACGUCAUGGACCGCCUGCGAAUGAAGGCUCUCCGGGAGAUCGAGGCGGCUCCUCAUGGUGGAGGACAGCCGCAGCCAUUGCAGCAAGUGCGUACGAUGGCUCCACGGCCAGCUACUGGCUUUAUUCCGGGACAAGUCAUGCCAGACACGCCUGUUCCUCGACACCUGGCACCGCAAAUGGCGAGACAGAAAAGGGCAUCUUGCCCUCGUCGUGUGGUGCUGCCAGCAGCGCGAAGACAGGUCCACGUGCCAAUCACGAAGGCUAAGCCAGAUGCACAGAUGGCAGACAUGUCCAAGCAGGCUACUACGCCAGCUAUUACGGUCCCUCCACGGCCCAAGCGUCAGUCAGACGCAGCAGGAUCGGUCGACACGAUGCCCUUCCCAACUUACAUCGACCCAAUGGUACAGCUGACGAAGCAAUUCGACAGCGUCUCCAACAGCGUCGCUCGCAUGUCUCAAACUCUCCCGCAGAGCUUCGUGGAAAGCGUCCUGAGCACCGUUGUGGACAGCGAUACCAACAGCAUCAAUCGCAUCCGAAGUAGCAGUCCCAAUUGCGAUGCAGAGGAUGACGAGAACAGUAUCCCGGCCGAAAUCCUGAACAGCAUCACCAGCGACAUUCCCUGCAGCAUCUCGAGCGGCAUCUCGGAAAGCAUUACCAGGUGUUAUCUGCCCAGCCUUCCGAACAGCAUCUCAAACGAUAUUCCUAGCAGCAUCUCUCACACAAUCCCACCCAGCUUGCCGAACAGCUUGUCUUACGGCACUCCACGCAGCAUACCACACAGCAUCCCGAGUAGCGGAGUGAACAGCAUGCCACCGAUUCUUUCGAACAGCACUUUAAACGACGUGCCAUCCAGUAUCGCGAACAUCCUACCUCGAAGCAUUCUACAGAGCAUAUCCAGAUCCAUCGUCUGCCCAAAACCGCCAUCUCCGGCGGCAAAAGCUCUAACGGACAUCCUUUUGCACGCCAAUGAUCUCAAACAGCUACGCUUACGGAAUUCAGCUGCUCGCAUCGACUCUGCGCAAGGAAGUCAGGUGCAGAGGGUGCAAUUUGCAGUCACGGAGGGAGUGUACGAUCGUUCUAUGAUGAGUGGUGGCGGGGAUGAUGCUGAUUCUGAUGAGGAGACUGUUGUCGAUGAGGAGCACAGUGAUGGGCAGGAGUUCGACGAGGCGGAUGACCUUGUGCAUGAUAUUGUUGCGGUUGGAAUCGAAGCUUUCUGA